AGAUAUCUGAUGAAUGACGCAGAUAAAGUCUUUUAUUUUUCCCUUUUAAUCUUUUAAUUAAUAUCAAACACAGAAACAGUGAUUCUGUUCGCUCCAUAUUCUGUCUGUCUAUGCUUUUACACUAAAUGUUUACAUGUAACUCUAACUUCUUUUUGCUCUGUGCUAAUGAUCAACUUGUUAAUAAAUAAUAUUUAGUAAAUUUAUAUCUGUGUUAAUUUGUUACCUUUUUAAGUGAAGCCUGAUGCCUUCACUCACAGGUAUACAGUUCACUCAUUCAUCAGUAGUAUUGGAUCAGUAUCGGAUAUUGGCUGAUACACUCAGCCCAGGUAUCAAUAUCAGAUUGGAUCAGAAAAAAAUGGAUCGGUGCAUCUCUAUGAAUAACUAUCACAACGUCGUGAUCUUCAGGGAAUUCAUAUGGAGAUAAGAAAUAUUUGAGUCAGCUUUAAUCAUUUUUACUCCAAAUCUGACAGAUUUUGUUUCUCUCUCCUGUUAUUGUGCCGAGGACCCGGAGUCUGAACCACAGAAGCAUUUUUGUUGUUGUAUUUUUAUCUGGUCUCCUCAUGUCACUUUUUUCCUCCCUUUGGACAUCACACAGUUAAAAAAAACUUGAAUUUGUAUUUUCCUGUUUUGAUGACAAGGACUUUUUCUUGUGUAGAUGAUUUCAGGUAAAAAUGACCCGAUAGCGAUAGUGAUGGUGUUACUAAUUUGAGUGUUUCUCGGGUUCAUCUUCUUCUGUUUGGUCUCUGGUCUUAUAUAAAUCUUGGUUUUUGUGUGUCCUGUCUCCAUUUCUUCGUCUCUCCUCCUCCUCCUCCUCUUUUCUCUCUCUCUCUCUCGCUCGGCUGUAACUCAAAGACGCUGAGGUUUCUUCCUGUGUGGGAGUUUUCCUGUUUGUGUUGGAGCAGAGAAAAUCAAAGUUAGUGAUCAGGGUGUUUGUAAUACAGCAGAGAGUAAACUGAGUCACCGCUCAGACACAGACAGGGAGGCUGAAUAAUAAAGACAUGAUACUGAUCAUUGAUAAAGUCUCUGAUGGUCAUUAUUAAAAGUGUUUUUACUGAUCAGACAGAGAAAAAGAUCAAACUCUGACUCAGUUUAAAACCUCAGCCUCUCAUUAGUGGAAGUUUCUCUCUUUAUUUUUAGAAAACUGACUUUAAACUCGUCUGUAUUCAUCAUGACUACAAUCAUCAAUCAUGUAAAUCCUUUCCAUGCAGGUGGACUGUAAUCCUCACCCUCCUCACCCUCCUCACCCUCCUCACCCCCGCAGAGCUCCUGUUGUUGUUGACUUUCUCUUUUUUCUGUCGUUUUUUGCCCAGCAACUUUUCCGGGUGACUCACAGGACGCCGUUACGCAUGACACGGAGCCACGGAGGACCGAUCACGGCGUGGGGAGGAGCCGAAGGGGGGAGGAGGGGGUCGUAUAAAGGUGUUUCUGCUCCUGCGGGGGGAGGAGGAGGACAAGAUGCGGUGCACAGGGAGGACCAUGCGGGGCUGCAGGCUGCUCGGAGCGGCGCUCCUCUGCGCGCUGCUGCUGCUAUCACGAUCCACGGGAGCGCAGAACCUGGAGCUGGAGCUGGAACCCUGGUCCGAGUCUGAGGAGGAGGAGCUGAGCCCACGGGCCCUGAGGGACUUCUACCCUAAAGGACCGAACCUGACCAGCGAAAAACAGCUGGUAAGACCCGCACCUCACCUCUGGACCCGACAGAGAGACCCCACACCUGAGCUCCAAACACCAUCAUCAUCAUCAUCAUCAUCAUCAGAGAGGAAGGAGCGCUCACCAAGACAAAUAAAUAUUAUUAUUAUUAUUAUUAUUAUUAUUAUUGAAUCUGGAGUGUUGGAUUCAUUUAUAACAGACGCACAACAAACCAAACCUCAUUCAGGAAAAAGAGAAUUUAAGAGCUCAGCUGUCCUCGAACUUUACAGAUCAGGUAGAGACUUUAAUUUUUUAGAGCUGAAAUGUUUAUUUCAUUUACUACUAAAAACCAAAACAAUCAAAAAGUCCUUAAAAUUUAACAAAUAUAUUUAUUGAUCUCUUUAGAUGUUUUUGGAAACUGAUAAACUAAAAGAGGACAUUUUUAUCAUUGAUCAGACUGUAUUCAGGUGUUUUUUUAGUAAUUUGUUGACCAUAUUGAUUUGAUAGAAGUAUUUAAAAGUAUGUAUCAAAUAUCAUACAAAAGGCAUUAAAGGAUUAAACUUCACCUUUAGACGUUAUUAAUAACACAACGAUCACACACUGACGAGUUACGAUCCCAACAUGAAACUGACAAAUGUUUCUUCAUCCUCAUGAUCUGACAGUUUUAUGGUUUAAGUCAUUAUCAAUAUUAUUAUUAUUGUAACUAUUAUUAUUAUGAGAGAGAUGAUGCGCUUAUUAAAUCAACUACAUGAAUCUCUCUCCCUCUCUCUCUGUCUGUCUCUCUCUCUCUCUCUAUCAGCUUGGAGCUCUGCAGGAGGUUCUGGAGAAGCUGCAGGCGAAGAAGAUCCCCUCGUGGGAGAAGAAGUUUGGACAGGUCCCCACGGUGAGAGAGACACAGAUGGUCCACCAUCACAGAGACACACUCAGCUGGUCUUACUGGUUUUUAACUCUGUAUCUCCCCUCACCCCACCCUCUCUCUCUCUCUCUCUCUCUCUCUCUCUCUCUCUCAGUGCGACGUGGGUGAGCAGUGUGCUGUCAGGAAAGGCGCUCGUAUCGGGAAGAUGUGUGACUGUCCACGAGGAGCUUUCUGCAACUUCUUCCUGCUGAAGUGCUUAUGAGCACACACACACACACACACGCACACACACACACACGGACUGACCCUCUCUGUAUAUACUGACCAUCAGGUGUUAGAGCUCUACGGAGCGUGCUCAGUGACGCCCUCACUGUCUGUCUGAGUGAAACUGUGAAACUGUGUGAUAGUUUUUGUUUCUCAUGAUGUCGACGUGUGAUCAGACGAUGGAAAUAUGAACAGAACAGCUCUCAUUAUUACACCCAUAGACUGUAUAUACAAGUAUAUAUAGUAUAUAUAAUAUGUAUAUAUCGUAUAUACAGUCUAUGAUUCCACCUCAGAGCGGACAUAUCAUUGAUCCAUGUAUAUGUAAAACUACAGACUGGAUAUUAAAUAUAAAAUUACAAUCCCUGACUGUAUAUGGAAAUAACUUACAAUAAUAUUCACUAUAUGCAGCAAAUAUUCUCUUUGUUGAAGUAUUCAAACCUCAGAGUGUGUAUCAGAUGUUGGUUCAGGACUGUAUACUGAAUAUUUGAGUAUCUCUGUGUCUGUGUGUGAAUCCAUUAACUGUAAAUAUGUCAUGUUGUUUUGGUUUAUAGUCUGUAUCUUCAGAUCUGUUCAUCUUCCAGUCAGUGUCGUUCUCAGGUGUUUGUGUGUCAUUAAUAAUCAGAUUUAUGAUGGUCUAAAUGUGAAGAAUAAAGUGGAUCAUGUUGUUUUGUAAAGCAGUGGACUGACUCGUGUUUUCUCCUACUCUGAUAUUAGACAUAUCUAAAUAAACUGUGUUGUGUCGCUCAUGUAUUUAAGUAGAUAAAGACUCUGUUGGAGAUUUCUGCCUCAGUAGAUAUGAAAAUAAGAUAUAAAAACAAUAACACUGUUCAAACAGAAAAACGACUCCAGAGAUUAAAUCUGAUUCUGAAUCAGACGGUCUGAUGAACAGGAGAGUGUUUCACAUGUUUACGCAGAAGUUUGUUUCCAAAGUUCAGAGAAAAGAUUUAAUUCAACCGUCAAAUUCAGUCGAUCCUAACGGGAUUAUACACAGCUUUAGCCCAGGUGUUCAGGUGUGUGUGUGUGUGUGUGUUCCCUCCCUCAGUCUAACCCCUGCUUGUUUGUUUGUUAGUUUCUGGUUUGAUAUUCUGUGUAAUCCUGCAGUCAGCGCUGUUUAUCUGCAGGUAUCAGCUGUGACACAAACACACCUGCAGUGAUGCUGAUUCCUGAUCUGACAAUUAAAGGGAUAUUCCAGCAUAAAAUUAAUUUAGGGUCAAACUCACCAUAACACCGAGUUAGACCCCCCCUCCAGAGAUGAAUGUUGUCGACCGCUUGCUUCUCUAGUUAUACCAACUUUAGUAACGACCGCAGGAUAGAAAUACAGAGAGACACGCCCCCAACCAAAACGCCACUCUAUAGCCACAAAUAAUGCUCAGAACAGCACCUAACUUCAUCAACAGGACAUAUAGGGUCACAGAUAUAGUACUAGACACCAAACAUCUUUUUAACUUUGACUCAUUUCUUUAGCAAAGAGACUAAACACAACUCACCUACUCUCUUCCAGCAGACGCUUGUUUGUAGUGAGACCUCAGGCCAGUCCAUUACGGACUACAGCGGG